AAGGACUGCAUUUCCCGACUUUUGAAGGCUACUGCGGUCCGCAGACAGGAAGUGACGUUUGCCGAUUUGGCGCCAUAGCAACAGUUGCUGCGAAGCGAAUGAAAGAACGCUGGGCAGGAGUGGAAGGCCUCGAGAUCUACAAUGGCACUUCCAUCUGAUGAGACUGCAGCAGAUCUCCCUGUCAGGGACCUAGGACCAGUUGCUACAGGAAAUGCUCCAAUACAAGAUGGCAUUUCAUUCCAGUCUGUUAAGGAAAGGCAAGCUUUAUCACGUAUCAGCAGAGAAGAGCUGGAGGACAGAUACUUACGUAUCCAUGAUGAAAAUCUGUUACUAAAGCAGCAUGCCCACAAACAAGAGGAUAAAAUAAAGAGAAUGGCAACAAAAUUGAUACGGCUAAUGCAAGACCGGAAGAAAGCUGAACAAGGGGCUGCACCCUCAAGAAGGUCAGGAAGAGAUGUGGAGUUGGAAGAAAUUAUUGAGCAGCUUCAAGAGAGAGUCCAUGAUCUAGAGAAGCAAAAAGAGAGUCUCCAACAUAGACUGAUAGCAGCUAAACAGCAACUGCAAACACAGGGCCAUAGGCACUCUCCCUACAAUUAUGUACAGUCUCGCGUUAACUCUGGUUUGCGCAAAGUGGCAGAAGGAGUUCUAAUGCAUGAGAGCAUCCGCAAAGGAAUGCGAAUACAAGAUCCAGACAUGACUUUUAAGUCUACCCAAGUCAUUCUUCCAAGAUAUGGACAUAGUUUGCUGGAAGAUGCCAGGGCAGAGAUAAGAAACUUAGAAAAUGUGGUUGAGGCACUACGUAGUCGCAUUGAAGAAAUGGAGCAUUCAACAGAUAUCCUUAGGCAUGAACUACAAAGUAAGGAAAAAGAGUAUGAGGAGAGUUUCUUAAAGUUUAGAGAACAACAAGCCACAGAGAAGAGAACCGCAAUCAAGGAGAAUGUUGUUAUGAUAAAGCUGCAAAAACAGCUGGCAGAUAAAACACAUGCUUUCACUGAGAUGGAUGGCAGAUUUCGACAACUUCAACAGGAUCUAAAGUCAAUGAAAACCAGUCAAGAGGCUUUCUUAAAUCAAGUGGAUGAUCUCAACAAUCAGUUAAAGGAAGAGCGUUUGAAAAGCUUUAAUCUGGAAAAGAGUUUGCAGUCUAGUAUAUUAUCACAAAGGAGAGUGGAAGAGCUACUUGAUCGAAUAAGUGAUCUCGAAAAGGAGAGGGAUCUUUUGAAGGAAAACUAUGACAAAAUAUAUAGCAGUGCUUUCGAUGUGAACAGUAGUCAAGAACAGCAGAGGAAGCUAAAGGAACAGCAGCUGAAUCUCCAAAUUGCCCAGCUAGAGACUGCUCUUAAAUCUGAUCUUUCAGAAAAAAAUGAGAUGCUUGACAAACUUAGGCAGGAAAAAGAACAAACAGAAAAGUUUGAUGAAGAAAAUAGGAAGCUUAAGUUGCAAAUUUUGGAACAAAAACAACUACUAGAUGAAUUUCACAGCAGAUUUCAAUUUUUCACAAAGGAGAGUGAUGUGGACUUGGCUGAACUAAGUGAGGCUCUAAUGCUAAUAAAGACACGAAAACAGCAAAAGAAUAAGGAUCAUAUGUUUUUGGAUAGCAUAGAAGAUGAUAUUAACAAAGAUACAGAGAAGUCAACGAAAGAACUAAUAGCAAGUCAUGCAGAGACAAUUCAGGAGCUGGAGAAGACCCGGAACAUGCUGAUCACGCAGCACAAAAUCAACAAGGACUAUCAGACUGAGGUGGAGGUGAUAACCAAGAAGAUGGAAAGUAUGCAACAGGAUUAUGAUAUCAAGUUAGAGCAAUAUGCUCAUGCCCUGGAUGUUAGAGCUGCGCGAAUCCGCAAGCUGGAAGCCCAGCUAAAGGACAUUGCUUAUGGCACAAAACAAUACAAAUUUACUCCUGACAUUACACAAGAUGAUGAUGUGGAUGAGUUUGAUGAGACCGUGCACCUUGAACGUGGUGAGAAUUUGUUAGAGAUUCAUAUCUCUAAAAUAGCAUUUUCUCCAACUGCCAUAGAAACUUUUGGUGACCAUGAACCAGCUACCUUCUGCACAUUUGCUUUCUAUGACUUUGAGCUCCAAACAACACCUGUGGUGCGAGGUCUACGACCUGUCUAUGAUUUCACUUCUCAAUAUCAGAUACGAGUAGAUGACUUUUUCUUGCAAUACAUCCAGAAAAGCACAUCAACACUCGAAGUACAUAUUGCUGUGGGCACUGACUACAAAACUGUGGCUUUGUGUCAGCUGAGGUUCCAUGAAAUCCUUGAAAAGAGUGGCCGUAUAUUUUCAACAUCAAUGCUAGUUGGAGUUCAAGGUGACACUUGUAAUUAUGGAACAGUAGAUUAUUGGAUCAGGUUGCGUGUACCCAUGGAGCAAGCAAUACGUCUUUAUCAGGAGAGAGCAAAGGCUCUGGGUUAUAUCUCAUCUAAUGUUCAAGAACCUAUGGGAAAUAAUCAGUCCAUCACUAUUACAGAGCCUCAACUCUACACUGCAGCAGAUGACAACCUUAAUAAGUUAUACAUCACCAUAAAAAGCUGUAGCAACCUGAAGUCAAGAUCAAGUUCACCGAAACCAAGUGCCUACGUUGGCUACACUUUUUUCAGCUUUGCCGACCACUUCACAUCUAUCAUCCGGAAUAGCAAUAGCCCACAAUUUGAGGACUGCAUGUGCUUCCCAUUGCCAAUGUCUGGUAACCUAGACCAGUACCUUAAGUCUGAAGUCCUUGUACUCUAUGUCUUUGAUGACAAUGACUCAAUUGAUAAAUACAUUGGGAAAGCCCAGGUGCCACUACUUUCUCUAGCUCAAGACAAGUGCAUCUCAGGAACAUUUGAGCUGACAGAUGAAAAUGGCCAUUCUAAUGGUACUAUAAAGCUGACCCUAAAGUGGAAUGCUACCUAUCUUCCUCCAAAGAUGUCUAUCUUAACAGGCUUGGUUGUGGAUAAAAUGCCAAAAGAAAAAACAAUCCCUGUCCGUUUGCUCAAAGAGGAAGACAUGCAAACUCCACAACAAGCAUCACUUAUCCCGGAACCCAUAGUACCCAGGCCAAAGCCAAGGCAAAAAAACAUUGCAGAUAAAAAAGUUUCAUUUGUUGAUGCCAAUUCAGAAAGCCUGAAUCUUAUUGACCAGACACUUCUUGAAGAAAGCUCAAAAAGUAAAAAAAGCCAUAUCAACAUCUUAAAUAUUUCAGAGGUAGCUCAGGUUAAAGCAGAAGAUGAUGUGCAGCAGGGAACAGCAAUAAAAGACAGUCAGGCAGAAAAUGAAGAGUUGUCCCAGAUUUCAGAAGGACAGAUAGAAAAACAAAGUUAUGACUCUUCUGAAGAUGUAACUGAAGAUUUGGAUGGAGAAGAUACAUCAGAUCAUGAUGGAAAGCAGACAACUGAUGGAAAUGAAUCUACAGCAACAGAUAGUGAUGACUGCAUCAUACCUGCCACAAAAUAUAUAAAACCACAAUUUGAAAAAAUUCGUAUAGAGAUAUUCUCUCUAAACCUCAGUACAACAUCCGAUGUUGCACAGAAUGAUACAAUACAGAGACUGUUUGUCGAAUACAGAUUUUGCAACAUUGUCACUGAGGAAACACCAGUGUCUCUUCAAAAGCCUGCCAGUGGGCUGCAGAUAUACUACAAUUACAGCAACGUGAUCCAUCUGGAUAAAGAAAAUAAUCAGGCAAGCAGGGACCUCUUACGGUCUGUGCUUGAUGAUCCUAAUUCCAGCAAUGAAAGUGUGAAAUUUACAGUGGUUAGUGACCCACCUGAAGAUGAGCAAGAUCUGGAUUGUGAAGACAUUGGGUUUGCCAGCAUCAGCCUCAGAGAGAUUUUGCAAAGCAGCAAAGACAUCAUUAACAGAAGUAUUGAAAUUUAUAGCUCACCCUCUGGAGGGGAAGUAAUUGGUAAAUUAACCGUGACGGUGGAAGCUCUGGAAGCUCUACAAUCAGUAUUGCAGGAUUAAGAUGCUGCAUGGAACCGGAUUUCUCUUCGUACAUGAUUUUAUCAAGAAAAGCUAUUGAAUUUUUUUUAGUAAAGUUCCCUACAACCCAAGAGGACAACUAAAGUUUAAAAAAAUAUUGGUUUGAAAUGCUUUAUUUUAUAUAUUGAACCUACUGUCUAAGCUCAGCUGUUCAGCACCCCUAUAAAAGUAUUGAUACAUGCUUUCAAAUACGUCCAUUGCAGCUCCCCAUCGUGUGACCUUUCUGUAGCCAUCAUUUGAAUGUUAUUGAGCAUGAACUAUAAAUCAGCAGAAAAGAAGAUGGGAAGCAACUGAGAGCAUUUUGGAAGCACAUAUCUUUACUGCCAAAAACCUUUGGCUAGCACAAAAGGCCAAAACAUAAUGUGUAGCCUAUUUAUUUUAAUGUUCAGACUAAAAUAGACCGUGCUUUUUGCAUUAUCCAAGUACCAGUAGGGUUGAUCUUUAUCUGUGCUGCUAUGCUAAACAAUCAGAAUCACGUUUACUCAGAUGAGUGGUGAAUCGUUUUCAAGAAAAACUCUAAGGGGCAGAUUUAUUAAGGUUCGAGUUGUUUUUUCCAGGAAAAUUCGAGUAAUUCACAUUUUCAGGUAAAAAAAAAAAAAACUGAAAUUGAAUAUUUAUUAUACCCCAACCCUGGAAAUCGCUUGAAUUCAAAAAUACACCACCUAAAACCUGUUGAGGUUCUGUAGAAGUCAAUGACAGAAGUCACUUGAACUAUUUGAAGAGGUUAACAGCCUGCUUGAUGUACAAGUUUUUUUCUAAAGGUUUUGCCUGAAAACUCGAAUGAUUAAAGCGAUUCAAGUUUUUUUUCUCCAAAAAAUCAAUCAAUUCGAGUUGCGGGACUCAAACACACAUAAUCGGGUUUUUCACAUUCAAGUUUUUUCUUAAGCAAGAUACCUUCCAGGUUUCAAGUUCAUUCAAGGGAAAAAAAACUCUUAACACUCGCCCUUUAAUAAAUCAGCCCCUAAAUGUCCAGUUGCCUUUGACUUAAUUCCACUAGAUACUGUACAUGACCUGGAUAAAUGAGAAUCUUCCGUAGAUUAAAGAUGUCUCUACACUUCAAGCAGGCAAUCAAACAAUAAAAUUUGCUCUUCUCUAAAAA